CAAGCGCAGUUGUCGUCCUCUCCUAAAUCGCGCUGCGCUUGCGCUGUGUGGAUCCAGAAGGAAAAGACCAGAGAGUGAAUCGCAUUAUCGUUGUUUUGAUGGCAAGGGCCACUGAACGUUCAUCCAGAGGUUUUCUAUCAAUAUCGUUUUGGUUCGAGGAAAUGGAGAAGUGUAGGCUACACAUGUAUUGGAAUAAGAAAACUGUGUGAAGAGCACAGCAUGUUUUUAUGACGGGACGCCACACGGAAGACGCCGAGCCCGUGUCUGUCUUUCUUUUUUUUCUUUUUUUUGGUGGGGGGGAUCGUUGGAGUGGUUCGAUUCCCUGAAUAACAGCUUGGAUGUAAAGGGGACAUUACAGUAAGACAUUCCGAAGAUGCCCAAGAGGUGGACCACAGCAACGCCAUGCAGCUAUCUCCCGGUCGUCUUGUUGGUGCUCGUUCUGCCCAGAUGUAUACUGUCGAUCCGUGCCGACAAAACCAUCAGCAAGGAAGACCAUGUUAGUGCUACGGUCAAUGCCACCGUACUUGACUCCAAAGGCAAUCCUAAGCAAAUUCUAACCAAGGACGAUGGCAUGUACGGCCAGAAUUCACCGAAAGUGGACGCGAAAGGAAUCGUGAUUGCACCUGCACCGAAUCAUGGAGUGGUGGACCGGCAGGGCUGCAACCCCCACACUCGCUUCGUGGUGCCUCCUCGGACGGGGCACUGGGUGGCCCUACUGCAGCGCGGCAACUGCACCUUCAAGGAGAAGAUCCUCAAGGCCUCGGCCUUCAACGCCUCAGCCGUGCUCAUCUACAACAACAACUCCAAUGAGGACACCGUCAAGAUGGGCCACGAAGGUACAGGCGACACGGUGGCAGUGAUGAUCACCGAGUCUUACGGCAAGGAGAUCCUGGGUCUGCUGGAGAGGAACCUGACGGUGCUGGUGAGUGUGGUGGUGGGCCAACACGGCCAGGCUAAGAACAUCAACCGCGGCUCCCUGGUCUUCGUCUCCAUCUCCUUCAUCGUACUCAUGAUCAUCUCCUCUGCCUGGCUCAUCUUCUACUUCAUCCAGAAGAUCCGCUUUACGAGCGCACGUGACCGCAGCCAGGUAGGACAUAGACGUCGACUUGGAGAUGCAGCUAAGAAAGCCAUAGGGAAGCUGACAACCAGGACAGUGAAGAAAGGGGACAAGGAAACAGACCCGGACUUCAACCACUGCGCCGUGUGCAUCGAGGGAUACCAGCUCAACGACGUGGUCCGUAUCCUGCCCUGCAAACAUGUCUUCCAUAAGCUGUGUGUGGACCCCUGGCUGAAUGAGCACUGUACUUGUCCCAUGUGUAAACUGAACAUCCUCAAAGCUCUGGGCAUCAUGCCCAACCUGCCGUGCGUGGACAACGUCGGCUUCGACAUGGACCACAGGAUAGGGCGCAGCCAGACGAUGGCCAGCCAGCGGACAGCCCUGGUGGACCUGUCCAGUGAGACAUCCAUCAGCCUAGAGCCCCUGCAGCAAGGCCACCCCGGCACUGGACCCCAGAUCCCCUCAGAGAGCGGAGAGCUCACCCCCCGCACCGGAGAGAUCAACAUCGCCGUCACCAAGGAGUGGUUUAUAAUCGCCAGCUUCGGCCUUCUCAGCACUCUCACUCUGUGCUUUAUGAUCAUCAAGGCCACAGCCAGGUUCUCCAGCCCUGAGUGGCCACUUCUUCAACCGGAACUCCCUGUCCCCACGCAGUUUGGUGUGUGAGAUGGAGCUACCUGACACCCAGGCAUCGCUCGACCGCUACGAUGACAAGUCGUGAAGGUCGUCGCCAUGGUUUCGACCCCCACCCCCCCCCCACCCCCACCACACACCAAGGGACAGAUGGCCUCGUAUCUUCCUGCACACCUGCGAGUCAUUGUGUGUGUGUGUGUGGGGGGGGAGGAGCGGCACAACAACCUAGAUGACAACCUUGACUAACCUGUGAAACAUCGACAAUGACAUGAUAUCAGAUAUUUUCUACCAGUGCAGAAUGUACUAUUGCCUGUCAAAAAGAAGAGGGGGGAUACUCGUCCUCUCUUCUCCCCCUGGUUAGAUAUUCAGUAAAGUCCUUCCUUGACACUUUCAUUUCAACAACUGACUCUGACAUCUGUUUCUAGAUGCAGUAGUGGGGAAUUAUCCCUUUCUAGUCUUACUUUGCAGGAUCUCGGCGUAUCGUCCACUUUGAAAUGUGCUAGAAAUAAUAAACCACUUGUUAGUGCAGCCUACAAUACAUCUGUAUAUAUGAUUAGCAAACCGUCAUUUAAUUUAGCUUCGUUUGGCUCUAAUGCAGUAAGAAAGGUCCCUUCUUCUGUAAAAGCAGCAAUGGAAAAGUUUCUUCCCUGGUGGACCAGUUGGCUCUGUUGUAUUUACUAUGCUGCCUAAAGGACAGUGGAGAGGAUAUUUUGACUGGUGGGACAUGUCCAGACAUGCCUAGUCUCUCCCUCUAUAUGGCCAUGCCUCAAGUGACUGGUGUAAUGCACCCACCAUGGUGACUGGGUUCAAGAAUAAGACCUGUGGAACAAUGGACAUGCAGUGAUGCAACAUUCUGAACUCUGUGAAAAGCAGUAUUACUUCCCUAUAGCAAAACCAAUGUCUCUGUAUAAAAAAAUAAAAAAAUAAUUUUAA